AUGUCGGGGAAAAUGACCUUGUACAAGCUGGUGGUCCUGGGCGACGGUGGUGUCGGAAAGACUGCUCUCACCAUCCAGCUCUGUCUCAAUCACUUCGUUGAAACAUAUGACCCCACUAUCGAAGAUUCCUACCGCAAACAAGUCGUCAUCGAUCAACAGUCAUGCAUGCUCGAGGUGCUGGACACGGCGGGCCAGGAGGAAUACACCGCACUGCGCGACCAGUGGAUCCGUGAUGGCGAAGGCUUCGUUCUCGUCUACAGCAUCACAUCGCGUGCUUCCUUCUCUCGCAUUACCAAAUUCUACAAUCAAAUUAAAAUGGUCAAGGAGUCCGCCAGCUCGGGUUCCCCCUCUGGCCCCAGCUACCUCAACUCCCCCAUGCAGGGUUCGAACGGCCCCCCACUCCCCGUCCCCGUCAUGUUAGUCGGCAACAAGAGCGACAAGGCUGUCGAGCGCGCCGUCUCCGCGCAAGAGGGUCAAGCUCUGGCCAAGGAAAUAGGUUGUGAAUUCGUCGAGGCCUCCGCCAAGAACUGCAUCAAUGUCGAAAAGGCUUUCUAUGAUGUCGUCCGCAUGCUGCGCCAGCAACGGCAACAAGCUCAAGGUGGUCGGUCGCAGGAUCGCCGUCAACCGGGAUUCACAGGGGGUCGAGACCGAGACGCCGAAGCCAAGUAUACUGGUUUCCGGUCCGAUAAACCUCGACAUCGCAACCGACUCUGCACCAUCCUGUGA